AUGGAUAAGCAUCACGACGACGACCAGAAGCCUGAAGUGGUGCAUGCCGAUUCCGUGACACCCGAUGGUAGUUCUGGUGAUGCUGAAAAAGGUGUCGCGCGGUCGCGCCCAACAUAUGUCAAAACAAAAGAAGAAAUCCGAUACAUUCGCAAAGUAGGAUGGACCUUUUUGCCAUUCAUGACAACCAUUGUCAUGGUUCAGUUUGCCGAUAAAUCUGCUCUUGCCAUUUCCGCAGUCCUUGGCAUCUACGAAGAUACAGGGAUUGGAGGAUCUGAAUUCAGUUGGCUUGGAAGUAUCUUCUUCUUGGGCUAUUUGGUUUUCCAGAUUCCCAAUCAAAUCCUCGUCCAAAAGUUCCCUAUUAGUCGGUAUCUCGGUGUCGCGAUCGUAAUUUGGGGCGCUGUCAUGAUGUUUACGGCUAUGGGUAACAACUUCUCAGAACUGGCAGCACUUCGAUUCCUUCUCGGUUUGUUUGAAGCAACGUGUCUACCAUGCAUCUAUAUCAUCAUUGCCAAUCUGUACAGACGUGAGGAGCAGACAUUGUAUUUCGGUAUUGCAACCAUGUGUCAAGGUAUUGGCUCUGUUCUCGGAAACUUUGUGGCUGUAGGCAUUUCAAACAUGGGUAACCGUCGCGGUAUUGCCAUGUGGAGAUGGAACCAUCUUAUCUUUGGCGCCCUUACUGUUACUUUGGGUAUCUUGUGCUUCUUCUUCCUUGUUGACGGUCCGCGUUACUGGCUAUUGCGUCUGACCCCCGAGGAACAUGAAAUCGUCGACCGCCGAACCAAAGACAACGCUGUCAUCCGCACCAAAAAGGUCAACUGGGCUCACUUUACAGAAGCUUUGAAGGAAUCGCGCCUUUACCUUAUUUUGCUUGCUGCCAUUGGUCUGAACAUGCAAAACGGUGGUCUUUUGGUCUUUAGUGCUCAAUUGAUCAGUACACUCGGUGAUUUUACUCCUACCGAGUCGAUUCUGCUCAAAAUCCCUGGUGGUGCUUGCGCAUGUCUUUUCAGUUUGCUCGGCUCGAUACUUGCUCGUAAAGUUGGUCAGAUCGCCUAUGUCGGUAUCUUGAUGUGUCUUAUCAGUGCCGCAGGAUGCCUCAUCUUGACCAUUGUUGUGGACGGCCCCGUUAAGUUGGCAGGCUACUACCUUAGCUGGGGCAUGUCUGGUGCUAGUGCGCUGCUGGCAGCCACGAUCGGUAACAAUGUAUCUGGUUAUAGCAAGAAGAUCUUUUACAACAGUGUCUAUGUCGCAGGCACUACGAUAGGCCAAUUUAUUGGUCCCCUUUUGAUGUUGGAAAGGGAAGCUCCCCGUUACCUAACUGGUCCCAUCGUGUUCACCGUUGGCAAUAUUGUUGCUUUGAUUUGCUUCAUCAUCAACCGAUGGACCAUGGCUCGCGAGAACAAGCGACGAAUUGCGAAUCCCCCAGAGAAGGAGACGGACGUUUCAUUGGGAUUGACUGAUAUCGAAGAUCGCAACUUUUUGUAUCGCCUCUAG